AUGCGUUAGGAAGAUUAUUAUAAUAUAGAAGGAGGAGGCAGACCGGCCAAAGUUGGAAAAAAUUAGAGUGAGCUAACACUAGAUGGCUCUGUUGUUUCUUUUUAGGACUAGAUUGAUAAGAGAGUCAAAAAAGAUACCUAGAUUUUUAAUGAAUUGAACUUUUUAGUGGAGGAGAUAUUUCUUUCAUAGAAAUAAGAUGAAGAGACUUUCAAGUUCGAGGUAUCGACGGAAGAAGUGAUACAAGAAGUUAUCCGACACACUAAUCCAAAUUGCCGAUUGAUAAAGACGAGUUGGUUUUGGAUAGAAACUAUCUCUUCGUGUUGGGUAGUUAAAAUCUCCUAUAGAAUUAGGGAUACAUGAGUGCCUUCCAAUUAUUAUUGAUUAAAUGA